GAUGUCCAACUCUCUACAUCCAGUAAGUAGUCUGAUCAUCAGGGGCGCAUUACAUACACACGUACACUGGCAAAUUUCUUCCAUGGCCUUAUCUACAAUCUCUUCUUCAUCCUCUUCUUCAGUCACCUCUCCAUGGUCUUACGAUGUGUUCUUGAGCUUUAGAGGAGAAGAUAUCCGUGAUACUUUUACUGCCCAUCUAUACCAUGCUUUGAUUUAAAAGGGAAUCUGCACCUACUUAGAUGAGGAUGAGCUUAGAAUAGGUGAUAAGAUUUCACCUGCACUUCUCCAAGCUAUAGAAAGUUCAAGAAUUUCCAUCAUUAUACUCUCAAAAAAUUAUGCAUCAUCAACAUGGUGUUUGGACGAGCUAUUGAAGAUUCUUGAGUGUAAAAAAUUAAAGCAACAAAUAGUUCAACCUGUGUUUUACCAUGUAGAUCCAUCAUAUUUUCGAAAGCAAGAAGGAAGUUUUGGGGAAGCAUUGGCUAAACAUGCUGAGAAAUUGAAUGUAGACAUGAAGAAGUUGCAGCUGUGGAAGGAAGCCCUUCAAGAAGUUGCCAAUUUGUCCGGAUACCAUCUGAUCAGAAAUGGGAAUGAAUCAAAAUUCAUUGAAAAAAUCGUUCGAGAUGUCUCAAGAAUGGCAAAUGAUCAUUUAUAUUUACAUGUUGCCGAGCAUCCCGUUGGAUUAAAACCUCAUGUAGAAGAUGUCAAAUUGCGUUUAAGCAUUGGAACGAAAGACAUACGAAUGAUAGGAAUUUUUGGAGUUGGGGGAAUUGGUAAGACAACUUUAGCCAAAGCAAUUUAUAACUCGAUUGCUUUUGAAUUUGAAGCUAGUUGUUUUCUUCCAAUUGAUAGUGACACUUGGAAUCAAGUGAAUCGUUUGUUCCAACUGCAAAAUAAACUUCUUUCUAAGAUUUUAGGACACUGUAGAAGUUUGAAGGUUGACAAUAUUGAUACGGGAAAAUAUAUGAUAGAGCGUAGGCUUCACUCUAAGAGAGUUCUUCUAAUUCUUGAUGGUGUAGACCACUUGGAUCAAUUAAAAACAUUAGUAGGAGCUGCUGAUUGGUUUGGUGAAGGAAGUAGAAUCAUCAUCACAACAAGAGAUCAACACUUGUUGACUGCUCAUGGAGUUGAUUCAACAUAUGAGAUGACGGGAUUGAAUCAAGAUGAUGCUUUUCAACUAUUUUGUUGGCAUGCUUUUAGAAGUGAGAAACCGAUUGACGGUUAUGGAGAGUUUGUAGAACAGAUCAUAAAUUAUGCUGGGAGCCUUCCACUAGUUUUAACGGUGCUUGGUUCGGAUUUAUAUCGUAGAACUAAAAAAGAGUGGGAAAGUGCAAUGGAUGAGUACAAGCAAAUCCCUCACCAAGAAAUUCAAAAAUUACUUCAAACAAGUUAUGAUAGAUUAAGUGAAAAUGAAAAGAAUGUUUUUCUUGACAUUGCAUUUUUUUUCAAUGGACAACAGCUUGAUGAUGUCAUUAUAAAGAUACUAGAUAGUUUUGGGUUUUCCCCAAACUUUUCGAUCCCAAGACUUAGGGAGAAGUGUCUUAUUUCGAAAUUCAAUGGAAUAUUAAAAAUGCAUGACUUGUUACGAGAUAUGGGUAGAGAAGUUGUUCGACAAGAAUCGUCCAAAAAUCCAGGAGCACGUAGCAGAUUAUUCCUUCAUAAAGAUGUUCGCAAAGUACUGGAGGAUGAUAUAGGAACAAAUAGAGUUGAAGCAAUUGCUGCAGAUUUUCCUGAUGGUGCUGAUAUCAUCCGGUUGAGUCCCAAGGCCUUCAAGAAUAUGAAAAGACUCAGAUUAUUUAGAUGCUACAAUGCACACUUUUCUGGUGAACCUAAUUGUCUACCUAAUUCAAUAAGUGUGCUUGAUUGGCCUAACUGUCCUUUACAAUCCAUGCCAUCUGAAUUUCGUGGAGACAAACUCUCUAUUCUAUGCAUGCCAUAUAGUCGCAUCCAGGAGAUACCGUUGGAAUUUAAGAAUCUCACGGUUAUGAAUUUUGGUGGUUGUGAUUUCUUAAUGAAAUUCUCGGAUAUUUCAAGUUGCCCAAAUUUGAAGGAAAUAGAUCUUCAUUCUUGUAAAAAUCUAGUUGAAGUUCAUGAUUCUGUUGGAUUAAUCCUUGAUAAGCUUGUUAACUUGACACUUGGUGGAUGUUUCAAUCUAAAGAGCUUUCCAAGGAGACUCCAAUUGAGAUCUCUGAAACUCCUUGAUCUUGGUGAUUGCUCAAGCCUUCAAAACUUUCCUGAAAUAGAAUCUGAAAUGGAACAUUUACUCUCUGUCGAGUUUACGGGCACCACAGUAGAAGAAUUGCCUUCAUCCAUUGGGUACCUCACUGGGCUUAAGAGUUUAUAUCUAACUGGUUGCGUAAACCUCAAGCAUCUACCAAGUAGCAUUCAUCACUUGAGAUUUCUAGAGUGGAUUGCUCUUGAGUAUUGUCCAAAUAUUAUAAGUUUUGGGAUGGAGGAGGAGGUGCAUAAUGGACAACCCAUGCCCUAUGUAGUGUCUACAAGCUGGGAAAAUGAAGCUUCAUCGGGUGCAGAAUUAUUCCCAUUGCUGCCUCCAACAAAUUCAGCCACUAGUUUGGUAGUGCUUCUUGUAAACUCUAGCCUAUCAAGAUCAAAUUUCAUGGGGCCAUUUCAUUUCUUUCCCAAUCUGGAUUAUUUAAAUCUAUCAGGCAGUGAUAUCGUAAGCAUUCCUUCAAGCAUCAAAAGAUAUGUUAGAUUGUCUCAUCUUAAUUUGAAUUAUUGCAAGCAACUUCAAGAAAUUAAAGAGUUUCCGCCAAAUCUAGAAGUGGUAAAUGCUAGGGGAUGCAUAUCACUGGAAAGUUUACCAGAAAUAUUAAAAGAAUUCAAUUUCCCACGGCUACGACGGAUUGACCUGACCAGAUGCUCUAAAGUGAAUAUGGGAAAUUGGAUAUCAAAUCUUGCAUGGAACAGAGUUGCCAAGAUAUUUCCUGGAAAUAAGAUUCCAGAUUGGUUCAGCCAUUGCAAGGAGAUCACUUCAAAUAGUCAUCGAAGUGAAUUUGAUAUUAAAGUGGUCCCACCAUAUAAUUUGGAUGAGAUCAUAGGAAUUACUUUUUGUGCUGUUAUUGAACCCGUUGCAGCUACUAUUUUGGAUGUUCACAUCAGGAGAGCAUUGAGAGGAGUUACCUACGAUAGUCGUUAUUGGGAGGCACGUGCAGAAUUUGAUGAAAUUGAUUUAGAUCAUGUAUGGUUAAGGUACCUAACUACAGAAAAUAUUACGCGCCUACAAAAUGUGGGUGUAGAUAAGGCAGAUGAUCAUCUUAGGAUUAUAUUUGAAAAAAACUGUAUCCCAGAUAAUUCUUUGAUCUUCAAACGUUGCGGAGUUCAUCUGUUAUACAAACAGCGAGAUGAACAGAAUGCAAAAGAGCAUGAAAAUGUUGAUGUCCAUUUGGAUGCACCCAUUGAAGAUAUUGGAAAUUUAGCAAAUCCAUUGGAUCAUGGAAGUCAACUUUUUAAGAGAAGUCCUGUUGAUCUUGACAACGACGAAGAUGAUCACAACAUUGAACCUAACUUGUACCCACAACAAAGGAAGCCUGCUUCAACCUUGGACAUCAAACUUCUUUUCCAUGCUAGACGUAGACUACGUGGUGAUGGUUGAUUUCAAAUUUGUUUCAAGUGUAAAGUAGUUAGUUUUAUUUGGCAUUUUAACUUAAUUAAGCUUCGUAUAUAUGAAUGAAAAUAUGUUUAUAUAUA